UAGCAGCUCCAAUCGAAAGUCGGUCAUGCGUGCUGUGUGGAUGUGGAUGCUCUUGGCGGUCAUGAAUCUGACACUCGGUCAGUCCAUUGGUGACCAUGCAGACAAUGAGGUAUCGGAACAAAUCCAGCCGAAAUCCCGCAGAUCUUCAUGUAAGAAAUGCUAUCCCUAUUUGUACCCGAAAGCCAAAUACUACGUGCUGCCUAAAAGAACGGCAGAAAAAAGGCGUCAUAAUGUCGUGUUUCUUGUAAAAGACCUGAAAACGGGACGACCUCUCAAAGUAGCCUUUAGAAAUGGCCUUAAAAAUAACAAAAAUGUUCGUGUUUUGAAGGCUUUUAAUAACAACAAUGACCCAUGCAGAGCAAAACCUGGACGUUGUGUAUAUCGCCUAUUCAACCGGAAAACUUUGCGUACAUACAGGGCGGACCUUAGGACUAGCAAAAAGAAUGGAAAACGAGUUUCUGUAUUGAAGCUAAUUCCCUAAGCGCAGACGUAAAAUAAAAUAUUUAUAAUUUAAACAAAAAUAUGCUAGACAAAUUUUUAGCAACAAACUUUUCAGAGGCUGUCCUAACAGCUGGAAACUUGAAUCAAAAAUACUUUGUGUCACAUUUUUGAAAUAAAAAGAUGUAAGAUCAUGA